GGAAUAUGCGGGCGCCACGGUCUCCUGACAGAGUCAGAGACGCAUCAGAGAUUGCAGUGUGAAGUUGCCCUGGGCGAACAUGACGGGCCGCGGGGCCACCCCUCACGCACACACUAAUAAUCUCACAGGACACUGCGCCACCCUGACACAACACUGCCACCAGCACAGGCGAGAAAUGAGCGUCGCCUAUUCUCAGGCCUGCUUAACAUGUUGACACUACUGUUCAUUAGCACCACAUUGAGAGGGUAGGGGGGGGGUUAAAAGUUCUUGCAGCUGUUUUGGGAAUCGACCUUAGAGUAAGGCGUCGUAGAGAGAGAGAGGGAGAGGGGUAGCGGGAGAGCAAAAAGGGGUUAGACGAAACAUCAUCUGACACCAAGUGUCAAGGAAACUACGAGGAGAGGAAAAGAGAGAUGGGAGAGAGAGGGAGUGAAUAGGGAAAGGCUUGGAAAACAACAGCAGCGAACAGCAAGAGAAAGUUGAACAGUGGAAUGAGAAUUCGGAGGGAACAGCACUGCUAACAGCGGAGGAGUGAAAGGAGCAGGCUGGUGUGUGUAUCUCCUGGAGCAGGCUGGUGUGUGUAACUCCUGGAGCAGGCUGGUGUGUGUAACUCCUGGAGCAGGCUGACCCCGAAAUGUCGACGCUCCCUGAAGAAGUGCCUGAGGAUUCCAGGCUGCAGAGCUUCUGGAUGCCAGGGAACUACGAGCGAACUGUCCAGCGCACUGAUCGGUCCUUCCAGGCCUGUAAUGAUAUCAUGGCCUGUUUUCUUGAGCGGGCUAAAGUGGAGAAGCACUACGCCCAGCAACUCAGUGACUGGAGCAGCAAAUGGAAAGCUAUAGUAGACUCACGGCCUCUCUAUGGCUCCCUCAUGAGGGCCUGGCAAUGUUUCUUCUCCUCCGCUGAACGUCUGUCCGUCCUCCACUCCGCCAUCUCCCGGUCCCUCGUUACGGAAGAGAGGGAGCGUGUGAAGACCUGGCAGAAAGAGUCCUUUCCCAAAAAGAUUUUCUGUGGAUUUCGUGAGACCCACGAAAAUGAGACAGCGUUUGCACGCGCUCAGAAACCCUGGGCCAAGAGGCUGGGAAAGCUGGAGAAAGCCCGCAGUGUGUACCAAAAGGCCUGUCAGAAGGAGCAGGUCGCCAUAGACAGAGAGACACAGGCGAAGGAAAACAAAGAGCUGAGUCCAGAGAAACUGAGGAAGAUCCAAGACGCUAGGGAGAAGGCCACUGAGGAGAAAGACAAAGUCCAUGAGAAAUAUGAGAAGGUGUUAGAAGAUGUAACGUCCUACACACCUCGCUACAUGGAGGAGAUGGAGGCCAUUUUUGACCACUCCCAGGAGGAGGAGAGAAAGAGGAUCAGCUUCCUCAAACAGGCCUUUCUGUCCAUCCACAGACACCUGGACAUCACCAACAAUGAGAGUGUGAAGACUGUGUACAGUGAGCUCCACCACACUCUCAUGUCCAUCAGUGAGACGGACGAUCUGAAGUGGUGGAAGAAUAACCAUGGCCCGGGCAUGCCCACUGACUGGCCCAAGAUUGAGGAAUGGGUCCCACCAGUGAAAAAGCCAAAGACUAAAAAAAGAAACAAGAAAUGCCAGAAGGAUAAACCCGUGAUGAUUGGAGGAGUGAAAGUACGAGCUCUGUAUGAUUACAAGGCAGAGGAAAGUGAUGAGCUGUCCUUUAAAGCAGGUGAGGUGUUCCUGAAGGUUGAGGAGGAGGACAACCAGGGUUGGUGCAGGGGUGUGCUUGACAAUGGGAAGGACGGUUUCUACCCAGCCAAUUACGUUCAGGUUGUUGUGGAGUAAUGAUGUCAUUCUGCCACGCCCAGCAUUCUAAAGUGUCCUGUCGGCAACAUACAUUGUAUUUCAAGAACUGUGCUUCAUUGAAAAAAUCCACUUUGGUGAGAAAAAUAAUUGUUGCAUUUUACUUUGACACAAACCAAUAUAACCAUGAACAUUAAAUGUUAACGCCCAAAAUGUUAUUAUAAUCAUCAUGCUGAAAUGUGUAUUGUAACGUAUUAUCAAUAUCUAAAUAUGGAUACUUUUAGCCAUUUAACAAUUUAAGCUAUGGAUCAUUCCACCAAUACAGUGCCUUUUGGAUAUUGUCAAUUGGUAAUGCAUUUUUUUAUAUUCUGUCACUAAGAGCACAAACAUUUUAUUAAAAAUAAAGUACUUUAGUAAAAACAAAUAAAAUGUAAUGUGUUGACUGUUAUAAUUUCAUCUCAAGUCAGCAACUCAUCUCCUUGUGACAGGAGAAAGAAAAGCUUGUUUUGUGCAACCGGGAGGGGCAACUUCACAAUAAUAAUUAUUUUAAUUGUAUGAUAGGCAUGCAUUGUUUUCCACUUCAAAACACCCAAACAGGUCUAUAGAGUGUAGAACCAGCUCUCCUGCUUUAAAGCUAUUAUAAUCAGGUUGAAUUUGUAACGACGUGACAGACAUAAAUAAAUAAACAAAAUACAUUAAAUAAUAAUGUUUAAAAAAUGCUUUGUCAAUGCAACAGAAUAAUUAGGGCUUUGAAAUUAUAUCGAAAAACCCUAAGAAAAAUUGGGUUUAAGAGGGUAAAACAUUGAUCUAUAGAGAUAUGCAAAGGCUUUUAAAGGUCACCAUUUUUGCAAACCUACAUUUUUAAAGGUACAGAAACUGAUGCACAAAGGGCACUCUAUUUGUGGAACAACCCCUAUAUGGCUUAAAUAUUUGUGCAAUAUGAAGCUCUUAAUAUGAAGUAACUAAAAUGGCUAACAUGUACUGUGUGUACUUUUAUACAGGGGCUCUACUGGGCUUUGUGUGCUUAUAUUUACAGACACAUUGUCCUCACUAGUAUAGUAACCCAUGGUAAAUCAGGACUAGUGAGGACAUUUUCAUGGUCCUCACUUUAAUAUAUGUCAUUUUUAGACUUGGGGUCAAGAUUAGGGUUAGGACUUUAAUUGGAUUUAGAGUUAUAAAUUACAAUUAGGGUUAUGUUAGGUAUUAAUGUUUAGGCACAGGGUUAGGAAUAGGGGUGUAUAGGAUAUUUAAUAGAAAUAUAUUUUGGUCCCAAAAUAAUUGUCACAAAUAUAGUAAAACAAGCAUGCUUGUUUGUGUGCGUGGUUUUGUGUGUGUGUGUGUGUGUGUGUGUGUAUACAUGCGCACGUGUUUGAAUGAUAGAAAGACAGACAAGAAAUAUGUUUUGCCUGGCUCUGUAAGCCAAAUUAAAUUCAUAUUAAUAUUUACCCUUGACAAGGGUAAAAAGGUUUACAGUUUUCUGUUUAUGCUGAAAUUACAAUCUGAAAGCUGUAUGUUUACACAUAUUGCAGUAGAUGAUUUGAAUUUUUUAAAGAUAUGUUGAACAACUGGCAAUGGGUUGCAUUUUCAAAAUAAACUACCUAAAUCUUUAUUAA